AAAAAAAAUAUAAGUCUGGAGUAUGUUCCCUUUGCUCGUCAAUAGAAGCCAAUAAAAAAAACAAAUAUGACAAAUUUUGACAUUUAAUGGUUUUCAAAAUUUCCAUUAAUAUGUUUUUUUAAACCUAAACAAAGUUAAUACAUUAAGUUUUAGUAAAAUGCGCCGCAAAUUUAUAAUAAUACUUUUAGGAAUAAUAUGUGCUUCGACUCUUUCGUCCUUGUUCAGCGCUUUACCAGAACGACAGCCGAAUAAAUUGCUUUUGAACGUUGCAUCCGGAAUCGUUGGCGCAGGAAACUUUACGUACUGGCAUUUGGGAUACACUGGACCUCUGUCGAUAGAGCUGAGGUCGUUAUCAGGCGACGCUGAUCUUUAUGUCGCAUAUCACAUGAGACCUGGCUACGAAGUGUCCGAGAAUGAAUACAGCUCUACUACAUGCGGUCUCGAUGUUGUGUACAUCCCUGAUGACUAUCUCAGACCGAUAGGCGUCGGGAUAUUUGGUCACUGGGCCUACGAACAAUCCGAGUACAAGAUCCGCGUGUACCAGGACAAUACUCCGGUGAUCUACCCCAGGGUGAUGGCAGGGGAGGAGACCUCCUACAAACCCAACGAGUACCCAGUCAGCCUAUAAGUCCAGCGCUCUUUCAGAAGGCGACGCUAAACGCGAAAGGCGGGACCAUGAACGCAGAACUGAAGAUGAAAACAAAUCUAGAUUCAUCAUUCCACUCCUGAAUAUACUGGAUACGCUAAUGGAUUUUGUGUUUUUGUAAACGCUUUUCAGUCCGAAGUGAUCUGCGGUGAUUUGUUGAUAGAUCAAAGCGUCUUGACGGGAAUAAACGAAGUACCUUGAGCGUUGCUUUAUCUAUUCAAAACAUGGCGGAGUCACAACGUGGUGAUAUAUGUUUUGUUUUUUUUAAGGUAUUUUAUGACCUGGUAACUAAGACCUUUAAGUCAUGUCUUAUUUUAACUUAAUAUUCUGAUUUUUAUGAAAAAUGAUAAUAUGGAGUGAAAUGAAAUUAAGAUGAUUAAUUUGAGACAUUAAUCAACUGGGAUGAAAUUAAAUGAAAUAUAAUCUCAAUAAAAUGGUGGUCAUUUACUGAAAUUUUUUCAGUGGACUUUUUGGAGGAAAAAAACUUACCCUAUAAGUCAAUGGAACAUAUUUAGUCACUUGGGGAAUUCAUUUACCUUCCACUCUCAACACUUCAGUCCGCGUUGCUAUUCGCACAGCCAAGGAUAGGCAGGAUAAUCCAGGUGAAAGUUAUUAGAGUAGGUCACGACCCUCAGCAUUGAGGAUUAUCGACGCAGUUUUCCCGAGCGCUAUGACAUAUCCUUCUUCAAACGAGGCUUGUGGAGAGUAUUAAGCGGUAGGCAGCGGCUUGGCUCUGCCCCUGGCAUUGCUGAAGUCCAUGGGCGACGGUAACCACUCACCAUCAGUUGGGCCGUGCGCUCGUCUGCCUACAAGGGCAAUAAAAAAAAAACGUGUGGCACUCGGGAACUGCCGCGGUAAAGCUAUUGCAUAGCAUUUUUUAACAACUUGUACAAUCAUAAUUAGACAAUGAUAAUUUAAUAUUAAAACAAUAAUAAAACAAGACCACGCUAUAUUAAACAUUACUAAAAGCAAAACCUUAACUGUCCCCUUCACACUCAUAAGAUAGACCGCGCGAGAGAGAGAGAUGGGCAGACUUUUCAUGAUGCGCAUGCAGUGUGACGUCACGCCGCGCGCUUAUUCACCAACACUACACAAGCGCAACGUGUGAAUGUGUUGAACGCGAGCUACAUGGUAGGCGGAGUAAGGGGUGUUAGGUUUUUUUCGUUACGGAAUUUCAUGAUUCGGUCGCCGCGCUCAAGGCCCGCGAUAAAAGCUAUGCAAUAGCUUAAAAAGAAGGAGAGAGAGAAGGGCUCAUGAUAUUUUAGUAACGUCUUCUUCUUGAUUUAUCCCACUACGCAGGGUCUGCAAAUCCACAUCUUCCAUUCAGGCCUAUCCUAUCCAGGCUUCUCUUCCAUUCAGGAUUAUCUCCGCGCUCACACCCUUCCAUCGCAUAUCCUCAUUCACGCUCAUUCAAGUCUCAUUGUAUAUUACUGAUAUCUCGUUACUUUUAGACAAGUUUUUGACUUGAAUAACCACAUGAUAUAUACUAGAGUUUACUAGAUUGAUCUCCACUCCACUCCCGGUAUCAGAUUGGUCGUAACUUAUAAUGAUAAAAGAGUCCUGAAGCAUUGUUAUUGCAUAUAUAGAGAUAGCAGGUCAAAGAUUUUCUAUGUUACUAAUGGAUUUUAAUUAUUUUGAUCUUCUUUGAAAAUGAAUAUAAAUAUGUAUAUGAAUAUAAAAAAAUAAAUAAAAUAUCGAGGGGUGAAAAGAUAUUUGGGUUAAGCGGCUUUUUUUACAGCUUCGCAGUAGAGCCAUUUAAAGUUUAAGUUUAAGUAAAAAAUAUCGUAACAAAAUAAAAACUUCUUCAGCUGUUUUUUGAAUGGAGUAAACUUAAUUGAAGUUCAAUUAAAAAUGGCGAACUGUUGAUGCUGAUACCAAAUAAAACGGACCUUUAAUAAUUACAAAGAUAAAUAUCCUAACUAGAUAAUUAUCGUUCUUUUUUUUGUUUUUGAUAAAUUGUGUUUGUUAGAAAUUAUAUUUAAAUACGAAUUACGUAUUGAGAAAAUGAUGAAAUAUGAAUUAUAUUUUUCGAUUUUCCGACAGAAUAAAAAAAAAAACACUGGUUAUUUAAAGAAAAAAUCAAAAUUAUCGAUAAAGUUGAUUAUUGAAAACGCGAAUAAGACAACAUUUUCUGAAAAUAAAUCGCAGCUAGAUCGAUUUAUUGCCCCCGAAAUCCCCUGUAUACUAUUUUUUAUGAAAAUCGUUGGAGCCGUUGGGGAUUCAGAUUAUAAUAUAUUAUGUAUAUAUUUAUAUACAAGAAUUGCUCUUUUAAAGAUAUAAGAUAAUCUUUCACCCCUCGAUCCGAUAGAAGGAUAUGUUUGGUUAAAUUGAUUAUUAUAUUUGGAGCACAAAUCGUCUUCUCGCAUUAAAACUGUAUAAUCUUAAAACUUACUAAUUUUACAGGAGUGUUUUAAAGGUUUAAUAUUAAUAUGUAAUAUUUUAAUAUUAGGUAAUCAUAUUUGCAACAUUUAUUUUUUAUUUUUUACCAGUUAUAUUAUCUGUCUUUUAAAGUAAGAUAAAAUUAUGUAUUAAUUUUGUUAAUAGUAGUCAAAACAUACGUAAACAAAAACUAAACUACGCUCUUUUGACAGUAUUUACUAAAAAAAUACUGGUGAUGAUACUAAAUGAUUCCGCAUAUUAACUCAAUUUCGAAUAUUUUUGGAAAUUGUACACUUUUAAUGCGAAAAGGCGAAGUGUUCAUGUUUGUAAUUAUAUUACGGUAUAUACUUACUUGUAUCUCUGUGAUUUGUGAUUUUCCGUUUUUAAUGACGAAAUCGAUUCUAAUUAUAAUGAAUUUCGACUUUUUUUUAACAUAUGUACGAUUUCACAUAUUACAAAUCUUAACUGAAGUAAAAUCGACUUUUAUUACUAAGGCGCUUGGAUUGCCAAACUCUUUGCCUUCUUUUGUUUGUUAAUGUUUUUUUUUUAGACUUAGGUCUCUUAGUCAUAGAUCCAUUCUCAGUAUCUACGGUUUAGUCUAUCCCAGAGUCGACUAGAUAUUCCGGCGCCUUAGUAAAAACAGAAAUCGCCAUAAUUACUUCAGUGCGUCGCGUAGGGCACCGGUGACCUACACGACAGUCAAAGGCUUAAUUAAAUUAAAAUACUUUAACGAUUUGAAGAACGCGAUGUCGCUGACAAACGUCCCCUCCGUCGUCUGCGAUCACGUAAACAGUAAACUAAUUCAAAACAUCAGUGUGCUUAGUGCGAGUUUUUUAACGUACUCGAUAGCGUAAAAGUCAACACAAUUUUGUAUGCAGUUGAAACAGCGCCCCUAGCGGCAAACGUAGGCAAACGAUUCCAUUCCAUACAAAGAUGAGUUAACUUUUACGCUAUCGAGACCGUUAAAAAACGCGCACUAAGCAUACAGACAUAAUAAACGCGCAGUAGUAAAUUUGAUUUUAUUUAUCCGAAGAAAAUAGAAAGAUGUGUGGUGUCGUGGGACACCGGAUGGGAACGAAGUUCCUUAUUAUAAAAAUAUUAAUUUAAAGUUCUAUUCGAGGUAUAAAGAAAAUAAUUAUUCGGGUAGACACAUUUUUUGUUAUAAUUAAUUUAUUGAUAAAAAAAAUAAAUAAAAAUACUUUACAAAGUUAUCAACUUUAUUCUAUUCACAAUGAUUUAUAAAAAAUAUAUUAUAAUAAUAUACAAAGAAACAGCUAUUUAUAUGAAUAAUAAUAAUAACCUAUUACCCUCUGCUGGGGUGUAAGGGCUCGAAUCAAAAUUUUCCAUGUAUAGCCAUCAUACUAACUAAGACUAUACAUAAAUAAUAAAAAAUCUUACGUUACGGACGUUUCUUCCCGGUUAGGGUACCCCUCCGCAUCGUCCCAUAAGGAACUUCGUUCCAAAACGCCAGUAUUCAAGGCGACAAAAAUAUUUCAAUGAUGAGUUCUUGACGUCACGCCUCUAGCUGGUUGUAUCUAUGAAAGCCGGUGAUCACAGUCGAAUAAUCAAUGAAGAAAAACUUAAUUAUUUUUAUGAAAUCUAUAUAUAAUAGUAAUCAAUGUUGUUCUCAUCAAUAUCUUGUACUGUUUAUGUAUUCUAGUCAAUAAAAUAAAUAAAUUUUUAUUA